GACGUAAACAAGAGAGAGAUGAACACUGCUGGAUAUCAACCUAAAGCAACUCAACCUUCAGCAGGACUGAAGAAUGUAGCGUUUCUCGCUUCAGGGGGCAUUACUCCACAAGCUUCUGAUCUAAUUUAUGCAAAUGCUUCCGCAAGCGCAUCUAAAGCCCCACAACUUGUUGAGAAAACGAUCACUGUCGAUACUCAAGCACUGAAAGUUUCAACCGAGAAUGUGGCACUCUUCAACACUUUCCUAAGCAGCUAUGAAGCCCUAAUGUCUGGGGAAUUGAAGAAGGAGAUGUUUACUGCCGAAGACAUGUAUCAGGUUGAUCCAGAUGAUAUGGAAGAAAUGGAUCUGAAAUGGCAAAUGGCCAUGAUCACUCUGAGAUUGAAGAAGUUUCAAGACAAGACAGGCAAGCGAUUAGGUCUUGGAAAAGCUGGUUUUGACAAGUCUAAGCUGAGGUGCUACAACUGUAAGAAUCUUGGACACUUCAAGCGUGACUGUCCGAUGUUGAAAGAGGGAAACAGUGAAGCUACUCCUGCUGCUAAACAGAUCACUGCCGAAGAGAACAAAAGCAACGCUUCUCCCAGCACGCCAAAGGCUUUGGUUGUUGAAGACUAUGACUGGAGCGAAGAGAUCACUGAAGCUAAGGAACAAGUCAACAAAGCCCUGAUGGCCAAAAUCUCUAGUGAAUCAUCUGCAAAGCACUUUGAGAAGCAGACAACGGGAAUCCCAACUGGAAACAAUGAUGCUGACCAGGGAUUGAAAGGUAUUCUGCCUUCAGUGGAGUCUGGUGAUAAAGCUGAAAAAGAUGCUGAGAAAGGAAAGGAUAAAGUUCAAGCUACAGCCAUGAAAGCAGAUGCAUCAAAAGAGAAGGCUGACAAAGACUUGAUUCCAUUGAGUGUAAAGAAGAUGUGUGCGAUGAUGAUGGAGACUGCGGAGGGUCAAAAAUAGGAAUUGGUUAUUCAGGCGACAGUUAUUCCACCGUUAACUGGUUCGUCUGGAAUUGUUCUAAAAACAAUGUUAAGGAUGAAUGUAAUAGUUUAAGUAGGAUGGAUAAGUGUAAUGGCCAAGCGCCUAAAACUAAAUCUGUGGAUGACUGUAAAGGCCAUGUGCCUACAUUUGAGACCCGUGAUCAUGAACCUUAUGUGUCUGAAUGUCAUGGUUUGAAUUAUGCGUGUCGUGAUGAUAAUGUUGCUUGUGAAUCUCCUGUAUU